AUGUACAGGCAAAUACUCGUCCACCCUAAAGACACCCCCUUACAACGAAUUUAUUGGCGCUUUCAUUCCGAGGAACCCAUAUCCACGUAUGAGCUACAAACCGUGACCUACGGGCUCACCCCGUCAUCCUUUCUAGCCACCAGAACGCUUCAUCAACUGGCUUUAGAUGAAGGUGAAAAUUAUCCUCUUGGUAGUACGGCAUUGAAAAACGACUUCUAUAUGGAUGAUUAUAUAGGGGGAGCGCAAACUUUGGAAGAUGCCAUCGAAACCAGAUGCCAGCUAGACAACUUGAUGGCCAAGGGCGGGUUUCAGUUGCGGAAAUAUUCUUCCAACAAUCUUAAGGUUCUUGAGGGAUUGGAGGAAGAGCGUAUCGGAACUAAAUCGACAUUGCACUUUGACCCCGAAGAAGCAGUCAAAACACUUGGCAUCGGUUGGGAGCCCGGAACAAAUCAACUGCGUUUUGAUUGUACAUUGACAAUAACAACAGGAUCACCAACAAAACGGUCCAUACUGUCUGCGAUAUCGAAGCAUUUUGACCCCCUUGGGUUAACUAGUCCAGUAGUAAUUCGCGCAAAGAUGAUGCUGCAGGAAUUGUGGCAGGAGCCUUGUGGAUGGGACGAUCAGGUGCCUGAUAAGAUCCGAACAAAAUGGGGCCAUUAUUGUGUAGAGUUACCAAAAAUCUUCAACUACAAGAUCAAUCGCUACGUUUUUCUACCGCAAGCUAUUAUCCAGCUACACACGUUUUCCGACGCAUCCGAGCUAGCGUAUGGUGCGUGCACCUAUGCUCGAUCCAUCGAUCCCACUGGUCGCAUUAAAGUUUGUUUGAUUGCAUCGAAAUCUCGAGUGACCCCAUUAAAAAGGAUGUCGAUACCACGAUUAGAGCUAAGCGCAGCAUUAGUUGGAGCACGCCUACACAGAAAAAUCAACAAUGCCAUGAAGUUGUCGGUUUCAUCAUCCUUCUUUUGGUCUGAUUCCACGGUUACACUUGCUUGGUUGCGAUCCACCCCAGGAACAUGGCAAACCUUCGUUGCGAACCGAGUAGCGGAAAUACAAGAUCUUAGUAAUGGAGCCAUAUGGAACCACGUAUGUGGUAGUCAAAAUCCUGCUGACUUGGUUUCGAGAGGGGCGUCUGUUGAAGAGUUUUUGAUAAGCGAUCUAUGGCGUUGUGGUCCGAAUUGGUUAAAGUCUCCUGAAUAUGAAUGGCCUUCGUCUAACAAGCCCGAUCAAGAUGAUCUUAUUCCUGAGCGGCGUAAAACGGUGGCGGCCGUCCAAACAACAUCGGCAGUGAAUCCAUUUUUUCAUGAUCAAGUUUCGUACUUGCGCCUGUCACGUGUGGUGGCUUACUGUUUGCGGUUUGCUGAAGCGUGUCGAAAAAAGAGGUCCCAAGAUAAAUCUGCAAGGGUAAACAGAAAUAUUAAUGCUCUCACCAUUAUCGAAAUAGUCCGAGCUCGGAAAUGUUUAGCUCGAUUGGCUCAAGAGGAUAGACUGAAAGCAGAAUUGAGAGAACUGAGAAAGGGAAACCCCGUAUCGAAGCAUUCCCCCUUGCGUCUUCUUAGUCCGUUCCUCGAUUCUGAAGGUAUUAUAAGGGUAGGAGGUAGGAUGAGACAUUCACAGCAGCCUUUCCAUAUCAAACACCCAAUCCUACUCCCCAGUUCCCAUCCAUACACACGGUUAGUUGCACGGUACUUCCAUUUAAAAUUGUUUCACGGUGGCGGCCGUGUGAGUCUGGCAGCAAUGAGAGACGAGUAUUGGCCAAUCGACGGACGCAGAUUGCUUCGAGGAAUAGUAUGGAAUUGCUUUCGCUGCAGACGUGCUGCACCAGUCCCGGGUAAACAAAAAACUGGUCAACUUCCCAUCGAAAGAAUCACAGCUAGUAGACCGUUCACCUUUACUGGCGUUGAUUAUGCUGGUCCGGUUUACUUAAAACUCCCUCAUAGAAAAGCAGCGGCUCCUAAGGCUUACAUCAGCGUUUUUGUUUGUUUCGCGACAAAAGCCGUGCAUAUAGAACUUGUCGCUGAUCUCUCUACAAACGCUUUUCUAAAUGCACUACGAAGAUUUAUUGCAAGGCGUGGCUCUCCCACGCAAAUUUAUUCCGAUCAAGGUAAAAAUUUCCAAGGCGCUAGAAAUGACCUUCGAGAACUGUUCGAAAUGCUGACGGAAAAGGAGAGCAUUGAACAAAUUUCUAACAGUUGCACGACCCUUGGCAUCCAGUGGCGCAUGAUUCCUCCCCGUUCUCCUCAUUUCGGCGGCCCUUGGGAGGCGGCAGUCAAGGUGGCGAAAAAGCAUUUGUUCAAACAGCUCGGCAGCUCAUCGUUAAGUUUCGAGGAUAUGGCUACGGUUUUGACGCAGAUUGAGGCCUGCAUGAACUCUCGCCCGCUUACACCGAUGACAGAAAUUCCGGAUGAUCUGGCUAUCCUUACACCAGGGCAUUUUCUUAUUGGGAUGUCAAUGUCAGCUCUCCCGGAUCCUGAUGUCACCCAUAUUCCUGCCAACAAGUUGGAUCAUUAUCACCGAUUGCAGGAGUACGUUCAGCAGUUUUGGCAUCAAUGGAAGCGUGAAUACCUACAGGAACUACAGAAGGAAAGCCGUCGCACCAUACCAAACACCGAAUUCCAGGUCGGGCGCAUGGUUGUUAUUGUCGACGACUUCCUGGCACCCGUGAAGUGGCCCUUGGGACGUAUCAUCAAAACCAUUCCGGGGAAGGACGGCUUACCAAGAGUCGUACAACUGCGAACGAGCAAAGGAAUCACGGAACGGGCAAUCACGAAAAUAUGCAUGCUGCCCUACGAAAGUGAGAUGCAGCCAGAAAGAUUUAGUUCGGAAACUUAG